GUACAUGCUCACGUUUCUCGAGGUGGUUUAUGGAGUUCGCAGAAACGAGCUUUGCUUUAAGUCCUGUAAACGUUUUUCUUACAAGACCAAAGCGUUCUAAAGAGCAGAGUAUGGACCCCCGCGGUCAGUGGACCGGAUCUUGCCUUACGUUAUACUCGAGGACGCUGGGGCAGUUACGUAGCUUGUAAGGCCUGUAAACAUGGCUCAGGAAAAAAUGGAACUAGACGUUGAUAUAUCGUCCUUUGAAGGGGGAAAUCUGAGAAAAUCCAACAGCGCUCCUCUAAUUCAAGAACUAAGUGACAAUUCACAGGUGUUUCAAAAUGACAUUUUUCAAACUCGAAGAAAUAGCACAACAGUUAUGAGCUGUCGCAGUUUGUUACUACCAUCAUCUCCGAUUCGUAUUUGUAGUAGUCGCCUUCAUCAAAUCAAACAGGAAGAAAGAAUGGAUUUAAUAAACAGAGAAACGGUACAUGAAAGGGAGGUGCAAACUGCAAUGCAGAUAAGUCAGUCUUGGGAGGAAAGCCUGAAUCUGAGUGAUAGUGAUGCUGAGAAGUCAUCCUUUCUGAAGCUAAUCGAUUUCAUUACAGUUUCCCCAGCACCUUCACCCACCAGGGGAAUUGGCAAGCAAUGUUUUUCGCCAUCAUUGCAAAGUUUUGUGAGUAGCAGUGGAUUUCCUCCAAGUCCUGUUCCUAGUCCAACAAGACGAUUUACAAACAGAAGAAGUCAUAGUCCCAUCAACUGUAUUAGACCAAGUAUACUUGGAGCAGUAAAAAGAAAAGGUGAAAUGGAUACUGAAGAUCAACCAAAGAGAUUUUUUCAAGGAAUAACCAACAUGCUUUAUUCUGAUGUUACACAUAUGUCAGAGCUAAAUGUGUGGUUAACAUAUGGGGGCUCUUUCCGGGAUUUGAAGACUCCGUGCCCAGCCAGCCACCGUUUUUGGAUGCUUGGUGCCUGCAGGAAUCUUUUGUGUUCCAGUCUGGACUCAAAUUCGGAGGCCUGGCUUGGUUUAUCUUCAGAUACCUUUGAUGGAAAUAAUCCCUCUGCUGAAUCUUCUUCCAGUUCACCAGCUAUAGUCACUGCUACCACUGAUUCUCCCGUAUCACCUUCUGAAUCCAGCUCUUCAUUUAUGUCAGCAGAUGAACUUACAUCUAAGUGAUCCACCUACUUAAUACUUAGUUUUUUCAAUUAAGAGAAAUCAUGUUGCAGUGAACACAAAAGUCUAAAAUGAAAAAAAUGGUUAUUUCCUAGUUGUCCUUAUUCUGUUUUAAAAAAAAUUUCCAGGGAACUUAACAACAGUUUUCUAAAAUGCAUUUACAGAGUGGUAAGACUGCCACUUUUCUUUCUAGUCACCUUUGAAAUAAGGGAGCUGAUGUUUACUUUGGUAAAGUAGUAGAGAAAUCUGAUGGAUUUUAAAAAAAUAGACCAGAGUUCUUCCAUGAGUCUAUGAAAACCUCAGUGCUGUAUGAUAAGAAUUGACAAAAGUCUUCAAAGAAGAGCUAUAUGAUCUUUUGUAGUUUUCAUGUUAAAUAAACUUUGUUCUAACUUUUUCAGCUCAUUCAGCUUGGCAAAUAUUUAUGGAAUACCUAAUAUUUGUAAGAUGUUCUCAGACCAGUGAAACUUAUUACUCUAUAUAUUAUUAUAUAAUUUUAUGGUAACUCAAGAUAUUCAAUAGGAACCCCCUAACAUUUAUAUGUUUAAGCUAUAAGUAUACAUAUUCAGACUACUAAGUACUAAUUUAAGUCGCUAACAUUGGUUAAAAAUAUUCUCCCUUCCCUUUAUUAGUCUAGAGUUCAGUGGAGAACAUUAAUUCUGAUAAAAUAUAAUCUGAUAAAAUACCUUUAUCAAAAAUUUAUUUUGAAUAUUAUAUACAAUUGGACCUAAUAGGCAUUUUUAAUAAUUAUUUCUUACUCCAGAAAAUUCUACCACCAUAACAAAAAAGGGGGAAAAAGAAAUUUGCCUUUUGGAAGGUGAUUAUUGUAUGUUUAGAUAAGCAUUAUGACAUCCUGGUCCAAUAUUCCUCCUUACAGAUGUGUAAGAAGAAAUCUUGGUUGUGUCAUUUGAUUUGGGAGGGGUGAUAUGUAGAAUAAAGUAAGAAAAGAGAAUAGUGCUUGAUUUUAGUUCCAUUCCAAUAGCUAUCUGCUUUGAACAGUUCUGAAUUGCUAUUGUACAUAAAAAAGUCAGUUUAACUAAAAUGUAUUCUUAAAAAUCAGUUUUUUAUUAUUUAAAAAAUUGUUGAGGAAUAUUUUUUUUGACUAAGGAGAGAAUAGCUUGAAUGAAAUGACAGUUUUCAAACAGUUAGGUUUUUUCCUGUGGUACACAUGUUACAGUAGACCCUGAAAGACAACACCCAGAAAAUAAAAAAUAAAAAAGCUAAAAAAACUGAAGAUGGUUCAGAUGAAGAUUUGAGGUGAGAACUUUGCUAAGUUAACCCUACAUAAGAGUUUUUCAUCAUAUCAAGAUUUAUUUUUUCUUAGGUCAGAUACUUUUUUUGCUAUUAAUUUAGUUUUAUUAACUAGCCAUAAUUAAAAAUCACAGCACCUUGCUUAAGGAAGCAUUUUACACUUUAUUGUUAUUUAUUCAUUCUUGUUAUAAGGAUCAAGGCUGUGGUCUUAUAAACAUAUUUAAUGGAGGGAUCCUUUUCUUGGAAUAUUUUUCUAUGUUAUUACUUAGAUCAAAAGGUUCUUUAACAUUACAAACUAUUUGUACUGAGGUUUUGUAUUUUUGGUAUCCCAGAUUUACCAAAGCUUCACUUUUCUGUAGCAAAUUAUUUUGCUUUUCUUUGUCUUCUGGAAAGAUUAUUUCAACUGUCUAUCCUAUAACCCUCCUGAAAUAAAUAAUAAAAGGAAAAGAUCAGAUUUGUGGUAUAAAUUUGAAUACUUUUCCUGUUCUAUUUAUGGGCUUUUAAAAAUUCCAAUAAAGAAAAAAUGAA